CCAAUAAAAAAUAAGGCCGUGACCACUUGCGUGGCGCAACACGUGCCCCCUGCAAACAAACAAACCAGCAAGCAAGCAAGCAAGCAAGCUUGCUUCUUGUCUUGUACACUGCAAAUCAAACGAUUUGAAACCCAAAACCCCAUGCCACACACACUCUCUCUUUCUCUCUCUAAACCCCAUCUCCAGACCCUCGUAGUAGGCAGGCCCAAAUGGAAUUCCGCAGACAAUUCAACAACCGUCCACUUUCUCUCUCUCAUCUCCCGCCUCUGCAAAGCCCGAGAUCUCUCCCAGGCCUUCUCUCUCAUCACCCAAUUUGAAUCCCAAAGCACCCCAAUUCAGCCCCACAUGUAUGCCCCCAUAUUCAUGGCCUGUACCGGUCCCGCCUCUCUAAAACCAGGCCUCCAAGCUCACGCCCACAUGACUCUUCGCGGCCUCCAGCCCGACUCCUUUGUAGCCGCAAAGCUCGUGGCCAUGUACGCGAGUUCCCGUGAUGUAAUCGCAGCUCGUUCAGUCUUCGACCGAGUCCACGAGAAGACCUCUCUCUUGUAUAAUUCAAUGCUGAGAGGCUAUGCAACAUGUGGCUUUCCACUAGAAAACCUUCAAAUUUAUACACAAAUGCACAAAAGUAGAUCCCCACCUGAUAAUUUCACAUUUCCAUUUCUUUUGAAAUCGUGUGCGGAUUUGAAUUGGGAUUUCAAUGGGAAAUGCAUGCAUAACCAUUGCUUGAGGGCCGGCCUCGAGACCGACUUGUAUGUUGGCACAUCUAUCAUAGGCAUGUAUGCCAAAUGCGGAGACAUGAGCGAUGCGACGAAGCUAUUUGAUAUAAUGCCCGUUAGAGAUGUGUCAUCAUGGAAUGCGUUGAUCAAUGGGUACAUGAAGUGUGGUGACAUCGAUUCGGCAACCAAUUUGUUCCAUGAAAUGCCUGAGAAAAAUGUGGUCUCAUGGACUUCUAUGGUUGCAGGGUUUACACAGAAUGGAUUAUCUGAUCGGGCCAUAGACUGCUUCAAUGCCAUGAGACAAUUGGGCCCUACACCCAAUUGGGUCACUGUAAUGAGUGUCCUUCCGGCUUGUGGCCACUCAGCCGCUCUUGACCAAGGAAACGAAAUCCAUGAAUAUGCAAAUUCAAUUGGGCUUUCGGGCCACCCAUCGGUUCAAACUGCCCUCGUAGCCAUGUAUGGACGGUGCGGUAGUUUAGACCUAGCCCAAGAGGUUUUCGAAAAAAUUACACUAAAGGACUUGGUGGCUUGGAACACGAUAAUCACGGCUUAUGCCUCACAUGGCCAUGGCCAUGAUACAAUUUUUGCAUUCGAGGAGAUGUGUGAGCAUGGGGUAAGGCCCGAUGAGGUAACAUUUAUUGCACUUUUAACAGCUUGUAGCCAUGGAGGGUUAGUGGAGAAGGGUCAAGCCUACUUUGAGCUCAUGGCUCCAGCUUAUGGUGUGCGCCCUAGGCUUGAGCACUAUGCUUGCAUGGUUGACCUCCUUGGAAGGGCAGGGCAAUUGAUCAAAGCCAAGAGCUUGAUCGAAACCAUGGAUGUCGAGCCAGGCCCAUGUGUGUGGGGUUCGUUACUUGCCUCUUGUCGAGUCCACCGAAACCUAGAGAUAGGAGAGCUUGCAGCCGAGAAACUCUUUGUUUUAGAGCCUCAAAAUACGGGGAACUACGUGCUGUUAUCAAAUAUAUAUGCGGAUUUGGGAAGAUGGGUAGAAGUGAAUAGGCUGAGGGUUCGACUGAAGGAGUUGGGCUUGAAGAAAAGCCCAGGUUGUAGUUGGAUAGAGAUCAAUAAAAAGGUCCAUGGCUUUGUAGGGGGAGACAAGUCACACCCUCAGGCUCAGGAAAUCUUCACAUUCUUGCGAGGCCUGCCUUCGAAAAUUAUGGCAUCGGGUUAUUCGCCUGAUACGAGUCUGGUUUUGCAUGAUGUUAGUGAAGAGGAGAAGGAAGACAGUCUUGCGAGCCAUAGCGAGAGGCUUGCUAUAGCAUUCGGUAUCCUCAAUACAGGGCCGGGAACUGUGCUUAGGGUUACAAAGAACCUUAGGGUUUGUGGUGACUGUCAUAUGGUUGCAAAGUUCAUUUCGAAACUAUAUGGGAGAGAGAUUGUUUUGAGGGAUGUGAGCCGCUUUCACCAUAUUUCACAAGGGAUCUGUUCUUGUAAAGAUUACUGGUGAACAAUGGGGAUCCCUGUUUCAUUAAUUUA